AUGUCCAUUGUUCAAAGAGUACGACCUCAUUUACAUAUUGUGAUACUUUGUUUAUGUUGGUACACAAUAUCAUCCAUUGGUUCUAGAGUCACCAAGAAGAUCCUAACGGAAUGUCCAUUGCCACUAUUUCUAGGAGAAUUCCAAUUUAUAUAUACUGCAUUAUUAGCUUUAGGAUCAUGUGCAUUAGCUCGUAAAUAUAAUGGCAUUUAUAACACUUUCCCCAUUGGAACGUUUCCAAAUUAUUAUCGUCAUCCUAAUGAAAAAUCCCACCAUUCGACUAACCAUGAAAUAGAUAGACAAGAUUCCGUCAUUAUUAGCCCAUCCAAACAUAUAAUCAGUACAGUACUACCAUUAGGGUUGUUUCAAUUUGUUGGAAAAUAUUUUGGUCACAAGGCAACAUCAUUGGUUCCAGUAUCUACUGUAGCUAGUAUCAAGACAUUAUCACCUGUGUUUAUUUUAAUUUUCCAAAAAUGCCUUAGAAUUAGUACUUUACCAUUAUCUUUAAAUCUCUGGCUAAGUCUUUUUAGUAUCGUUACAGGUGUCUGGAUUAUUGUUAACGAAGAUGGGAAGAAUCGUAAAUCUAAGUCAAACUUAAUGGAUAGUAGUUAUUCAUCCAGUGGUAUCAUAUGUGCUAUUAUUUCCAUGUUCAUCUUUGUUGCUCAAAAUAUCCAUGGCAAGAAAAUUUUUACAUUCAAGUCUGAUGCCAAAGCAAUAGGUGAAAGACUAAUCAACUCUAAAGAAGGUACACCACUUCCAUUCUACAGUACUGAAAAGAGAGGGAUCAAAUAUGAUAAACUAACAUUAAUGAUAUACAUAUCAUCUGUCGGAUUUUGUCUCUCUCUUGGCUGGUUUACAUUCCUAGAGUUGCCAAUUGUUUGGAACUAUAUAUUUGGAACCGGACAAUCUGAAGUUAUAAACUCUAUCCCAUGGAAGUUAUUCUUGGUAAAUGGUACCUUUCAUUUCAUCCAAGCGAUGAUAGCAUUCCAUCUAUUAGGAGAGGUUAGUACGUUAACCUAUUCUAUUGCCAAUUUAAUGAAAAGAAUUGCAAUCAUUUCUGUAAGUUGGAUAUUUUCAGGAGUUUCAGUUUCUUUCAUUCAAGUAUUUGGACUGCUUUUAAAUGCAUUGGGUUUAUUCCUUUAUGAACAGUGUAACAAUAAAAAUAAGUUAAAGAAACUUCGUCCAGAGUAG